AACCUAGCAACGAGUGCUAUUUCAUCGUCGGUUGGAAAUAUGACUUAGUUCCAGUUCGUCGCAGGAAGCUCAACAGACGAUUAACCAUGAUCCGAGUAGUAGUGCUCUGUUUAUGUUUGACCACAGUUCUUGCCACAACAUUGGAUAACAAUGGUGCUCGAAUCGUUGGCGGAGUUGACGCACUGACUGGCGAGUAUCCGUAUAUUGUGUCGAUUCAACGAAGUGUUCUCUUCCGGUACAAUCACGUGUGUGGUGGAAGCAUUCUUAAUACCUUCCAUGUGCUCACGGCGGCACGAUGUUUCUUCAGCAAUCCCAACAGUCGAUAUCGUGUUCAAGCCGGAAAGUUGUUUUUGAACUCGGUAGAAAUUACCGAACAGACCAUCAACGUUCAGCGAAUCACCAUGCAUCCCGCAUACAAUGGAGGAGCCAGUGCAUACGAUAUCGCUGUGGUGCGCUUGACUUCCCCCUUCGGCUUGACCGAUGUCAUUCAACCAAUCGUGCUGCCUGCAAUCGAUUCCAUCCCUAGUGGGGUUGUGAGAAUCGCUGGAUGGGGUUCAACCUCGAUGGGGUGGUUGCCUAGUAUACCAAGCCACCUGCAGCAAAUACGGGUGGCCAUCUUCCCGAACUUGGAAUGUCAAAUCAUACAAAAUGGAACCGGCAUCGGAUUGGUUACUGAAAACAACGUUUGCUUGGGACCAAUCACGGGAGGAGUUGGUGCGUGUGACGGUGAUACGGGCGGUCCAGUAGUGCAGGUAGUUGGACAGCAGAACGUACUCGUGGGUAUCGUUUCGUGGUAUCCCAGCUCCUGUGGUCAAUCAGGAGUGCCCUCUGUUAGUGUGCGAGUUUCGGCUUUCAUCGAAUGGAUUAAUUUACACUCUUCUUUUAACUGGAAUAAUAAUUUUAUGUGAAUAAAAUAUGAUCGUUGGUUGUGUA